UAAGGAAAAAGUAGCCCCUCUACCUCCAAUGAUAAUAUCAUCGAAAAUUGGCAAUGUACGUGAGAUAUUGCCAAAAUGUUUUUCAAACAUUUUCUGGGCCACUUAACUUGCACAUGAAAUAUCAAAUGGCAUUCUCUUGAACCGAUAUCGGCUAAAAGGUGAAUUAAACACGCAGAGAUACGAGGAUUCUUCUGAAAGUUUUUUGGUGCCAAUAACAAUUUGACAUGUCAAGAACCGAGAAAACUUCGCAACCGUCUUGAGUGCUCGAAAUUGUUUUAAGGUUUGGUGGUUUGAAAUCUUUAUUUCAAUGGCUUCAUUAAGAUCAGGUGGGUGUAGGAACAAUCUCAGAGCUUUACAUCCGAAAUAUUUCUUGCUUUUUCAACGAUUACUUAAUGCUAACCCAUGUAACUGGUUCCUCUACUUUGGCAAUGAUAUCUUUUCUUUCAAGAUCGUUUUGAAAACAAUUCCCUUGAGUUUAUCUAUCAGUCUUCAUGGGAGAUUCCUUUGUGGUUGAAUAGUAGGAUGACUAUUAGCUUUCAACUUAAUGUUAUACUCUCCCUGAACACAACCUAAACCUUUGAAAACAUCCUGAAAUUCGUCCAGAAGGGUCAAUUUUUCUUACACCUCAUCAACACUGGAACUUAGUUGUUCUACUUUGUUAUUUAGCGUGCACGUGAUUAUAGCUCUAGGUCUAAACGUGAUUCUGAACCAAGGAUAGGUCUUACAUUAUCCCAGAUUACACAACACUCCAAGGGUUUUGAACCCUUAGUUUCCUUUGCCGUCUGUCAACAAAGCAUUUGCCCAUCGUAUCUAGCUGGUCCCCCCACCCCAAAUGACUUGAGUAGCAUGCUUGUUGGCUGUACCCAAGCAUUCAAAUCAUUAGCCUAACCUAAGGAAAUUACAUUUUAUUCUGCGUCUGUAUCAAGUUUAAACUUAUGGGAAUGUUAUUAACUAGUAGAUUUGGCUGAUUGUUCCUUCUAGAGCUACCUUGAAUUUCCUCGGUGUAUAGACCAUCCAAUGGUUCAUUGUCUUCAUUAUCCUCUACUUCCAUGCGUGACGAACUCUUCUCUCUUCCAUGCCACUCUUCAGUUUGAGGCAGCACCGUGCAAAGUGGUUUCUUCCAUGUGACUCGUGGCUCUAUAGGCCAGACAAUUUCUUCUGUCAUGAGACGCUGCGCAAAAUUUGCAUGGCAUUAUUCUUUACAAUUCUAUGUGUUUGGGUUUUCAUCUGUCCACCGGUGACUCUGUCUUCUUUACAGCGUCGACGCUACUCGUCUGUGUAGCUGGUGAACUGAAGAUUUGCGACUGUUCGAUAGAUUGUUCCGUGAUUCUGCGUAGUCUGAUGGCUUUGUCGAGUGUCGAAUCUGUCUCCCGUACUAGCAGUCGCUCUCGUAGUUUGGAAUCAUUUAUGCCCACCGCAAUCUGAUCUCUUAUCAGAGAAUCCUUAAUUGCUCCGAAAUUGCAAUAGUCAGCCCCUCUUCUGAGAGCUGUGACAAAUAUGUCAAACGUGCGAUCUUCUUGGAUCGUCUUUCUGAAAACGUAUCGUUCGUAGUUGUAUUCUUCUGAGGUACACAAUACGUUUCAAACGCUGUUAAAAUACCUUCAACUUAAAAGUCCUUUUCGUAACAUCUCCGGGGUUUGUUCGUGUUGCUUUGUUCCAGAGAAUAUUUUGGAUAGUUGUUAUUUGUAUGGCAUCGUCCUUUUCGAGUAGGCCACUCGAUAUCUGAUACAAUUCCUAGGCUUCCUUCCAUUCUUUCUACGCAUGUGCGAGGUUGAGACUAUCAAUAUCCAAUUCUGAGGGAUGUUUGAUACGUUCCAUGUCGAAAUUGAAAAUCAGUAAGCUUUCUUUUGAAGAGAUCAUGGCACCAUGAUAUGAGCAUAAGAAAAUACACGUCUGCACCCUUCAACCUCAAGAGUUUAUUGCCGCACUUUUACACAACACGUGAUCCACAAGAUCACGUGACGAUACAUCACACAGGACAACCAACUUAUCAUAACCCGCCCUCCUUCCAAUAGGCCAUUUCCGAGUUACUUUGUGCCUCUGUUUCUGACGAAUCCUGGUGCAAAACCUUCCAUGCAUGUGAAAAUGCAUGUGAAUGGUUUCACAAGAAGACUCGUUUUGACACAUAGAAAUAAGACAACUCGGAACGGCCUAUUACCGUUUCCUCUCUUAUCAGCGUCCAAUAUUUCCCUCACCGCCCCCUUAUAUCCUUAAAUGUGUUAUAUGUGACUUACAAAUCAAUAAACAUUUUGGAGGAAUCAAUUUGAUUGGCAUUGCGAACAUUUUUGAGAACUGGGUACGGCUAGACACCACUAUGGCCCAGACUCAGAAUCUGUUUUUUGUUGUUGUUUUUUUUUUCCACGCUAAAGCGUUCUGACUUCUAUUUCCUCUCAUUUUAAUCCACUGUCCAGAUUUGGAGGAGACCCAAACAGAGUCACUAUAUUUGGUGAGUCAGCUGGUGGAUUUAGUGUUGGACUGUUGAUGCUGUCACCACUUGCCAGCGGUCUGUACCAGAACGUUAUCAUGCAGAGCGGGACAGCAGUUUCCCUGUCUUCAACUUUGGAAAGAGAUGAAGCUGACUUACGAGCAAGGAGUUUUGCCAAAGCCAUAGGAUGUGAAAUUACUUCUCUGAAAGCUUGUGCAAAAGAGAAAACUGUUCAAGAGGUUCUAAAUGCACAAUCAAAAAUAUUUUCACAGUUGAAUUAUCUGUCUUUGGGACCAGUGGUAGAUGGAUACUUUUUGCCAGAUUCUUCCCUGAAGCUCCUUCAAGGCGGGAAAUUUAACAAGAGUAAUAUCAUGAUUGGAGUGACACAGGAUGACGGCUCAGUCUUUGCUGUUAGCGUUCUAGCCAACAAAGGAAUUACAGAGGGAAUACAGAGAUCUUUGUUUGAGGAGGUGAUUAAAAAUCAGACUUGGACCCGAAAUCAAAACUCGCACUUGCAUGAACUGAUCAUCUACCAGUACACCGAUUGGUCGAAUGUCACCGAUCCUUACCUCUUGCUUCAACGAUAUCUCGACGUUAAUACAGACGCCUCCUUUAAGGCUCCCGCUAUCCUGUCAGCUAACGCAUUCGUCAAGAAACAGGCUCCUACUUACUUUUACCAGCUUGAAAGAGCGCCUAAAGUGUUCCCUGGUUACCCAACAAUUCCAUGGGCCGGAAUAUAUCACGGGGCUGAUGUUUUUUACCUUUUUAGUGGACCCUUUCUUGUGGCUAAGAAUCUCACAUCUGACACAGAUAAGAAACUCAGCAAGGAUAUUAUGACCUUGUGGACAAAUUUUGCAAAAACUGGAAAUCCAAAUAAUCCAACGUUGGUAGGGACAAUUUGGCCCCACUACACAGCUGACACUGAAGAGUAUCUGGGACUAAGUCUUAAUUUGACAGUGAGGUCCAAGAUGCGUCCAGACAAGAUGGCCUUCUGGAAUGAGCUUGUACCAAGUAUUGAAGAAACAAUAGCACCAACCACAACUAGCCACAUACCGACUACAACUGAACAAAUAGAUGACAAAAAAGGUAUGUCUACGUGAAAUUUAACCCUAUUCACCAUCAUCAGUCCAUGUCGUUUUAUGUGGUCAAAGAUUGAGUCUGAGAGUGUGACCAGCCCUCUGCAGACUUGCCAUAGUCUCUAUUUGCCAGCUUAUUCAGGGUUACUACCAGGGCCUCACAGCUACCGCAGCGGGCCAAGGGUAGUCCCCUACUCCAUUGCUGCCCACCUUCCAUGGACGCUACGGAUUUGUCUUUGGGUGGCUAACCCUAUUCUGACCGGGCUUUUUUGAUCAUCUGCGACCGAGGAGGAUACAAUGGGUAGAAUCCACCUCCCACGAUAAAGUCGAUUAUAUCAAGGGCGUAUGUACAUAUACUACUUCCAAUAUUGUGUCCUUUUAAGGCAAGGAAUACGGGAUAGUGACGUCAAAUCACAUGUCAAUACUCUAGCUGUUAUUGAAGUUAUCACUGAUUCGACUUACAAACGAGGCGGAAGGGAAAGGACUAAUUCAAGUUUCGAGAACAAAAAGCAUUUGACGCCAAAUUGUUCGCGGACAAAUUCCUAGUAAUGCCUCGAAGUUUUGCAGCUUUUACUAAAUAUAUGAAAGUAGAAAGUUUAAAAUUAUAAGCCC